AUGGGGUGGACGAGCGAGGAGAAGGAGAAGCCCGAGAAGGUCCAGGUGAAGGUGGAGCGAGACGCGGAGGAUGAGGAGGCGACGCGGGACGAAGGCUACGAGCACUGGAAGCCGGAAGGCCACGACGUGGGAGAAGGUUGGGGAGAAACCGGCGCCGGCAAUCCGGCUGAUUUAAGCGAAUCCCAACUGAAAUCGAAAUCCAAGAGGAAACCUCACAAAUGCGAAGAGUGCGGCCGGGUUUUCAACUGGAGGAACCACCUCAUCCGUCACCAACGGCUCCACACGGGCGAAAGACCCUACAAAUGCUCCGUCUGCGGGAAGGGCUUCAACGACGGUUCCCCGUUGCUCAUCCACGAGAUGCUCCAUCGGGGCGAGAAGCCCUACAAGUGCUUGGUUUGCGGGAAGAGCUUCAGCCAAAGUUCCCACCUCAUCUCCCACCAAGUGGUCCACACCGAUGAGAAACCCUACGUCUGUCCCGACUGCGGGAAGAGUUUCGCCCGGCAGCAAUAUCUUCUCAUGCAUCGUCGGGUUCAUACGGGUGAGAGACCCUACGAGGGUCGGGAUUGUCGUGAUUGCGGGAAGAGCUUCCGGAAGAGUUCCGACCUGGUGAGACACAAGACGGUCCAUACGGGUGAGAAACCCUUCAAGUGUCCCAUCUGCGGGAAGGGUUUCACCCAAAACUUCCGCUGUAACGCCCAUAAGAAGGCCCACAGCAAGGAGAAGGUUGACCAGCCGCCAUCUCCGUCCCAGGACACCCAGCAGAGCCGCCCUGAGCCCGCGGUUCCACCAGGUGAUGGUGGCCACCAAGAGAAGAAUUCCCAGCCUGGAGAUUCCCAGCAAGGAGAAGCAAACGGAUCCAGCUUCAAGAUGGAGAAAGGGGAUGGACGUUGGGGUCCCGAGGAGGACAAAGUCCUGGAAGAGCAGCCCAGAGCCGAGUCUUGGCCUGGAGAGGAGCAGGAGCCGUCGCAUCCUGAUGAAGACAUCUUGGAGGAUCCCGAGGAGAUGGUCUGUGCCGAAGAGCGGGUGUACCGGUACCGGAAAACCUUUGACUGGAGGAACAGCCUGAGCCAACACCAGCAGCUUCACGCCCAGGACCAGCCCCACAAGUGCCCCCAGUGGAUGAAGAGCUUCAGCGCCAGCUCCACCCUCACGUCCCACCAGCAGAUCCACCAGUUGGAGAAACCCAAGGAGCGUCCCAGCAUCACGCUAAGCCCGGAGCUUUUCCACCCGAGCUCCCGCAAGGUUGAGAAAUCCCACCUCUGCUCCGAGUGCGGGAAGAGCUUCACUCGGAGGUUCAACCUCAAACUCCACAAGAAGCUCCACACCGGAGAGAGACCCCACAAAUGUCCCGAGUGCGGCUUGAGCUUCACCAACACCUCCCACCUCAUCGUCCACCAGCGGAUCCACACCGGAGAGAGACCCUAUAGAUGUCACGUAUGCGGGAAGGGCUUUACCAUGAGCUCCAAAUGUCUGGAACACGAGAGGACCCACACGGGAGAAGCUCCGUACCGUUGCUCCGAGUGCGGGAAUUGCUACAGGACCAAGGUCUCCUUGAUGUCCCACGUGAAGAUGCACGUGGAUUAG